UGGAAGUCGCAGGAAAUCCAUGAGUUAUUAAAACACUUUGAGCUGAAGUAUUGUUAUGUGGACAAACAUAAAAGAACAGCUUUUGUUACUCUGUUGAAUGGGGAGCAAGCUCAGAGUGCAAUACGGCUAUUUCACCAACGCUCCCUUCGAGGAAAAGAAAUAUCACUGCAGCUUCAGCCAACUGAUGCCCUGCUCUGCAUUACCAAUUUGCCCCCUUUCUAUACAUUGCUAGAGUUUGAAGAGCUCGUGCGACCUUAUGGGAAUGUUGAGAGGCACUUCUUGGUGUACAGUGAAGUCACAGGCCAUUCCAAGGGCUAUGGUUUUGUGGAAUACAUGAAAAAGGAUUCUGCAGCCAAGGCUAGGUUGGACCUUCUUGGGAAGCCGUUGGGUGGAAAUGUCCUUUUUGCACAGUGGAUGGAUGCUAAUCAGAUAACUCCAGAACUCAUACAUUCAAAGUGCCUUUGUGUGGAAAAUCUUCCUAUAGACUAUGCUGGUGAUGAUCUCUUGCAAAAUUUCUCAACUAAUUAUAAACCUGUGUUCUACCAACUUGCUCAGGAUGAAGACAGCUCUGUUGGUGGCUUUGCAGUAAUUGAGUAUGAGACAGCAGAACAAACAGAGGAAGUGCAGCAAAGCACAGAUGGUUUGACUAUCAACGAAAAAAGAGUCCACGUGUCUUAUUGUGCUCCUGGAGUUCCGGGCCUCAGCACUCUUGCUACACUUAUAGCAGCACAACGAAUGAUGAAAAACAAUCGAAAAGGGUUACUUCCAGAACCAAAUGCUGUGCAAAUCAUGAAAAGCUUAAAUACUCCAGCCAUGUUGCAGAUGUUGUUACGGCAUCAGAUGCAUGGAUAUGUCCUAGGCGCUCCCAUGAAUGUGUCUCACCUUGCAAAUCCAUCAGUCGGUCCAGCCUUUUUACAUUUGAAUAAAAUUCAUCAGGGUCCUGUUUUUGGAAAUGCAUCAAAUUUGUUGCUACAAAAUUUAUCACAUCUACAUAUGGCACCACUAUCAAAGAUUGAGAAUAUGCAACCUAACAGUAAACCAAGUUUACUUGGAGAACCGCCAACUAUGUUGCUUCAAACAACGUUAGGAAUGGGGCCUUUACCACAAGCGGCCACAGACAUAGGGAGUCAAGGAGAACCAUUACCUCAUCAGAGUACCGCUCCAAUGGCGAUGGCAGCAGGGAUUGGUUUACUGCCAUUCUUCCCAAACCAGCAUGUAACUGGGCAAGGAGUGCCAAGGCAAAAUAACACCCAAGAGAAGUUGCCAUCUUCAUUGGAACUGACAGAGGGCACCGGCUCCACAUCUGAAACCUAUCUACAGAGCUUAACAAAUGUUGCUGCAGGAGGCCUACAGGGAGGACACCUCAGCCAGCAGAGCCAGCCAAAGAAUGCUGACCCAAGCAUUGGUAGUUGUUCCAAAAAUCAAACCUCUCUACUUGGAGAACCUCCUAAGGAAAUACACCUCAGCACAAAUCCCUACUUGAACUUGGCAAGUGUUCUGCCUUCUAUGUCUUUUUCAGGAGCAGUCCCCAACAAAGCUAAUAAUACUAAGUCACAAUCUGUAGUUGCAAGUAACUCAGUCAACAGUGUAAAUGCUCAGGGAAACACACCACAGCAUGCACUGGAAAACUCUUUUAACUACUCACGACAAUACAGUGAUUAUACACAGGAUUCAGUCCAGCAGUGGUAUCAGCAGUAUGCUCAGGCGUACCAUAGCAUUCAAACUAAAGCAGGAGAUUUAGAAAACAGUGGCUCAGAUGAACCCACUGGAGGAGUUUAUGGUGAUUAUGGUACCUAUUUACAGGUUAUGCCUUCAUAUUAUGCUGCAGCCCAAGGAUUCUUUCAUCCAAGCGCCUUGCCAUUUACACCCCAAAAUCCCCUGAAGAUGACUCCAGUAAAAAAUGAAAAGCGGAGCUCUUCAUACCUCAUCACAAAUCCAGAAGACAAUCCAGUGGAGUAUGUUGGCCCACACCCUCAGGGCUCUGGAGUGCAUUAUACAAAAUUGUACCUUAAAAGAAAACGUGUCUAUUAAGAUUUCUAUCUAAUUGAAAUCAAAAUCACUUCUUGUGGCAUUCUUGCCACUGUUAUCCUUUAAUGUAUAUUGUAGAUAACAUGUGCAAUAGUAUUGCAGAAAUUAGUUUUGAUAAGGAAAAUGGUAUGGGGAAGAGGCUCUUGUCUUCCAGAUUUAAUUUUGUUGUUGUUGUUUGGGUUUAAAUACGUUUAAUAUGUGUUUUAAAAGGACAGCAAUGUUAUGGUGUGAGAGCUACUCUCAAGGCAAUGAAAUAAUAGAACUUUCCUACAGUCUUGCUGAGAAACUGCAUUGAUACCCUUAAAAAGCAAUAAUGCUGGUCAGUGAUGUUACAAGAAAUCUCUUUGAUGACUUAAGGUCCUUGGUUGAAGAGGAUUCAUGUUUCAUUCUGUUGUCUGUUUCACAAUAAUAAUGAUACACUAUUAUUGAGAUGAUUGAGUUUAGAUUUAUAACUUUCAAAUGUAAAUAAUAUCAAGACAACUCUCCUAGCAGUAAGUUAAAAAAAAAAGUCAAGAUACACAUGUACUGAAAAUAAUAUUGUUGAAAUAUAAAGUAUGUAUGACAAAGUUUCUGUGGAAAUGAAGGACUGAUAUUAGAUUUACAUCUGUAGAUGUUGGCCUUUAGAGUUAUACAUACGAAAUCUAGACAAUAUUUAAACACAUGUUCAAAUUUAGCGUGUAUGAAUAUUUAAUAUCCAGUUGGAGCUGAAUUUAUAUUAGUCACUUGCAUUUAAUUAAAUGAAUAUGCGUUCCAGAUUGUUCUUGCAGACACCUGAUUUAUCUCACUUCCAACUUGGAAACUCUUUGUUGUCACACUUUUUUGACCAUUUGUGGGGACGCUCCCCAGAAGUAAUACUUUGUACAUACAUGAAAUGCUUCUGUUGAUAUGCUUUCUAACUGGUUUACUUUUCUUGUGAGUAAAAAUGUAUUUGAAACAGGCUUCUUUACUACUGUGUGCUCACAGUAUUGAGAACUGUAAUAUGGCUUUACCCAUAAAAAAUUAAGUGUAUUUAAAUUUGAUUGAAAUGUUUAUUGGAGUUGUGCCACUGAGUUCAAUGGCAGCUUUAUUGCAGCAAGCAGCUGUUCUGUAGAAUUAGACCUAAGUGUCAUAUUUUAACACUAAGUAAUGGGUUUUGGUUGUAUGCUCCUGGAAGAAGGCAGACACUUUUGGCAGCAUGUAUAGUGCAACCUUAAUUGGACCCACUAUAUUUAUGUAUUGGUCUCAUUACAUUUCCAUUACCUUUUGACUAAUCAAACUCUUCAAAAACGGGCAAGUUAAUGUUCUUACAAGCCUAUAUAAUUUAGUCCACCUCGCUCAUAUAGGACGAGGUUAAAUCAGCUGAAGAAUGUACACAUUGGGCAACCAGUCAACUUUUUUUAACCUGCAAUAAUGUUACAGAAAUUUAGGAAAUAAGCAAUUAUGAUAAGAUUGUAUUUUCUGAUUAUAUCUUUAUCAAGUGACAGUCCUAUAGCUGGUUUACAAAGUGAACCUCCUCAAUGUAUGCCUAUAGUAAGGAAUGGGAGGAGUGCAAAAGUUCAAUGACUUCGUCCACAACUUUAAUAUUAUAGUUCUGUGAAUAUAUCACAGCAGCAUGAAUAAUUACUUUGUCUGUGCCCUCAGAUUGCAACUUUUAGACAUAUGCUAGACUUGAAUAGAAAAAAACCCAGUAGAAAUGCAAAAAAAACCCCAAUUAAUUAGUGUCUCCUCCAUUUGCCCAUACAAGCUCAAACAAUACGCCCUUCCUUAAUUUAAUUGUGGGAAGCUUUAUAAAAGGCUUCUUUGUAUACAUACAGGGAGGUGAAGUUCUGCACAGAAGUCCUGUACUUUGUAAGAUA